GGUCACUGGUAGUUAUAGUAUGGAAUGGAAGAAGUGAAAGUUCAGUUAUAGAACUUUCCAUACUUCCAAGUUUACUGCAAGUUUUUAUGCUUGAGAGAGAUGCUUUCUAAUAUAAGACUGAUGUGUUGAUUUUACUGAUUGUACUGUACAUCUAUUAAAGCCUUAGAUUAUUACAUUACGGGUUGGAACCCAUACCAAUGUAAUUUCAAUCGUGUUAAGAGAGUAAUGGUGACUUCACAUGUUAUUGUAGUUAGUUACAUUAUAGAAUAUUACUUAUUUUUCUUGUUAAAAUGUAGUUCUUCAUUUCCUACAUUUAUUAGAUUUUCAUUUUCUAUUAACAAUUGAAUAUCAUUUCAGUUUAUAGACUAUUGUUUUAUUAGAUUUUACUGAUGAAUUUUUCAAAACACACAAAAAAAUUAGUUUUUCCUUCAUAACAUACUCAGUUUUGAAUUACAUGUAGUGUUCUAUGGAUAUUCGUAUUACUGUUAACUAAAUGAUUUAUAUUUUACUGAUUUAAUAUUACAGUGUAAGAAUGUCAGUCAUUGUUAGUUCCUGUCUAGUUUUCAUUAAAAGAACAAAGAUCUUUUAUAUGGAUAUCUUAUAAAUAUAUAAUCAUUGCUAAGUAAGAAGUUAAGUUGUUGCUAUCGCAACAAUCCUGGCAGACAAUUGAGUAAUAUUUUGAUGAUUUAUUUUGUUUGUAAUUAGUUAUUAUAAGAAGAUCUAGAUCCUAGAUACUAGAAUAAAAUUUAUUUUCUACUGUAUCCAUUUCAAAUGUUAAAGUAUUGUUUAAUAUUUUUGAAAUCCCUGAAUAUCAGGCCUUGUUAUAAAUAAGCUGCAUAAUCAAUAAAUAGAACAAGGGACUUUUUGUUGAUAAUCCAAAUACUCAAAGUUUACGUAAUGCGAAUUAUAGUGUGUGUGCAAACUCUUGAGGGUUGAUUAUGCUGCAGUUUAGCAUGUUGGAACGUCUAGAGGGAAGGUUGACUUUUUGCACUUCUGUAUAUAGUCAAAAGAGAGAAACCUGUAUAAUAGUAAGAUCUUAUUUUGAAUAAAAACGUCUAUAAUUACAAGGAGUUUUGUUAAGGCUAAUAAAAUGACAGACUGAGCAAAAUUGCUUGCAAAAGUGGCACAGAGUUAGCACUCCAUACCCCCUCAAACAUGUUGCUUUGCUUUUUGUGGACAGCUUGUAGUUUGCCAGGAUAUUUUCAGCUGGAAAGAUACGUCAUCUUCCAAGAUCUCAUGACUGACAAAAACUCCAUUGGGCCAAAUCUGCCUGAAGAUCAUUACCAAAAAUAGCAGGUACUUCAACCAUUAAGGUGAAAUCAUGGAUCAAAUAUUCCUUACAUUUUUCAAAACUACUGCAUGUUUAAAACUUCAACAAAGAAAAAAAGAAAGAACUAUACUAAGGACAUAUAUUAUUCAAAUCAGUUUCUGCCAAUUUCAGUGGUUUAUUGUUCACAAAAAAAUCUUCAAAACAAGUAUUGACUUUCACAAAAUUUAAACCAUAAACAGGCAAACCAAACAGCACACCAUAGCUAUAGUUGUUAUGUGAUUGUUUUUUAAUUGCUGUAGGAUCCUGUUCUUUCAGCAGGUGAAAAAAAAAAAAAAAACAUAGUUCAAAUUUCACAGUUUUAAUUUCCAAUGCAGAAGCACUUGAAAAAGCAAAGUGUGAUAAUGGACACUUGUUUAAUGAAUUAGUCUACCCAGCCUUCACUCCAGCUGGUUAAUAAUGUUGCACUUAUCAGCAGCCCUACCACUUUUAUCUGCUGAAAGGACAAACGUGCUUGGUUUUACUAUUAUGUAAUCACAACUUACUUUCUGCUUGUAGUUGCUUAAAAUUAUGUAUUUUGUCUUGGGCUACAAUUUGUUUUAUGCUUCUUUUAUUAUUACUGCAGUAGUUGACUUUGCUGUAUGGAAAAAUAAAGUGAAAUUGCCCUAAUAAAACUUCUCUUUCUUAAGUAUAUUUGUGUAUCUGAGAUUGAAUAGUAUGAAAUUUGUGUGCAUUACAUGCAGCCAUGCAUGUGCAUCUUUAGAACAUCUGAUACAUAAUUUCAUUAUCUGAUAUUAAUGGAUUGCAAAGAAGGCAUUUACUUUUUUCUCACUGGUAUCUUUUGGAUACUGAAGAUCUGAGUCAGAUAGAUGGUCAUUCUGUGCGCAGUAUCUUCUGAAAACAUUGUUUCUGACAAAUGCUGACAGAAAUUUAAAGGGGAAAACUAUAGCAAUACUCCCCCAAAAUCAGUUCUAGAUUAUUAUCUCAAAUCAACUGGAAACCAACCCAUUUAAGAAAAUGUUUCAAUAAUGAAAUGCAUAUGAUACUUCAUUCAGAAAGGUAAAAGUGUUUAUGGAUAUACCCAGCUGAGCCAAGCCGUACUGUAACUUGUGAUUGUUAGUGUGUGUGUGUGUGUGUUAUAUAUAAAUUCCUCGCAAUAAUGUAAUCAUUACAUACUGCAGACAUGUACUAAUAAAAUUUUUUUAAAUAUUUUGUUUGAAAUAAGGAAGGGCCUGGUAUCUCAUACAGGCUUUCAUGUUACAAUAUCUGUAGAUAGCCAGCAAAGGCCCAAAUUUCAUUAUGAAGAAAAUUUGUACAUUUGUAUAUUCUUCUAGUUCUGCUAUAUAUUGACUUAGCCACUUGGUAUUUGGUCAAGGGCUACAUAUUUUCCUCCUAAAUGAUCUCUCUUUUUUCCUCCUGAAACUUAUUGAAAGCAUCAGAAUCCCACUAGUUAUAAUUAACAUAGUUUAUAAUGAGCACAGUUCUGUUUCUAGUAGAAUCUUUGCGAUAUUUUCCUUGUUCUCCACUAGUGGGUCUAUUCUAGAGACUGUUGAUGGUAAAGAAAAUGACUGGCCUGGACUUGAUUCUCUAAAGCAAAGGGCCAUGGCUUUUUUUGAGUAUAUAUAUAAGGACACUGACUACAAUUAGUGAUCGUAUUUUGGUUAUCUUCUAAUUGAACAAAGAAACUAUAACAAAAAACCCUUGUAACUUUUUAAUACUCUAAGUGAAACUGUUUUAUUAUUAUAAGAACAAAUGAAUGGAUCUGAAAAACAGUAGGUAAGAUUCUUUUUUUUCCAGACAAUAUUUCAUAUUCAGAAGAUAUUACUGCUGUAGAGCCCACUAUAUAUCCUCAGCUCAUGUGAUUUUCAGAAGUUACUUUCUUCUUGCUCACUUAUGGGAACAAACUCAUUUUGUAGAGUCACUACUUUAUAAUAGACACUGGCCCAGUCCAUGGUGGCAAACCUAGAGCUCUCAGUGAUGCAGACAACCCACUGUGGCACAUGUACCUUAGGUUUACCACCACUGGCCUAGCACAAAAACCAUUUUAAAUGUUCAAAGUUGAUUGUGUUGACAAAGUGAAGGAAACCAAAAAAGUGAAAUGUAAAUGUUUUAAAGUCUAAAGAUUUGCUCUGAGCUCUUCUGAUCUGUGAUAAUAUUGUGACUUACUGUGAUUGGAAUGUGGCCCCUUGUCAUAGCCAUCCUUGGCCUCGUCUCUAGCGCUGUCCCUCAUAGGUUGGUUAGCCCCACAAAUCCCGAUAAAAGUACCCCAAUAAAGGCUUUGGCACCUCAUAGGUUGGUUAGCCCCACUAACCCUGAUAAAGGCUUUUGCACCUGAGUAGUUGUGGUGAGUAGUAAAUCUAGAAAUAUCCUAGAAUGCUGUUUGCUAAGGUCACAUGGGGCCAUGGCUUCCCCCUUAGAGUUUCUCAGGAGAUGGAUUCCCCUUCCUCGGGGUAUCAGGGUAGCAAUAUCCAGGUACACACUGGGGUGACUUGACCUGUGGCUUACGGAGUUUUCAAGCCCUGCUGUCAGACUCCUCUGCAGUGUCUGCACUUGUGUUGCCUGCUUCCUGUCCUGCUCACCCCAGGGGCAGCCAGGGACCCAGGGUUAGGCCCUAUUGUUGGACAUCUGCUGCUUCUCGGGCAUUGAUUCCCUCUCACUAGCCAAGACUUCAAAGCCUCUUUUUGUUGCAUAAGCUUUUUCUUGUUCCUGCUGCUUUUCUUUCACUAAUUAUAUGUUAGAAAGCAGAAAAACUAGGCCCAUUUCUUUCAUUUCUGGAAAAAAUAGUAGAGGCCAGGUAGAACCCAGGAAAAUAAAAUCUGUCACCCUUAGCAACCUGUUAGGACUUUCUGAAAUAAUUUACUGAAUCAAGUGGGCUCAGUUACUUUUUUCCCCCUCCUUAUUGAGUUUUGUAAUAACAAAACUUACAAUUUUAUUUUUAACAGAAGAGGAAUAAACUUGAAACUUUAUUCAUAGUGGUUAUGUAAAUUUUAACUGCCAUUUUCAGUCAUUUGUCUCUUGGUGGACACCUGGAAUGUUGUAUAUUUGAUCUUUGAACUUAGAAAUGCUCAGCAGUGGGUUAAACUGCAGCUUUGGGUUGUCCUGUGUGAUCUUCCAUGAACACAAUUUCAUGUGAGGGAAAUUCACAUUAUUGCAGCAGCUACCUGGAUAGUGAUCAUGAGUAAAUCCUUGGGGAAAUAAAAGCACUCACUCCUCCAUAGGAAGGCCCCAUCUUUAUGUGAUCUCAGGCUCUGUGGCCACACUUACUAAAUCUGUUGUGGCAAUAGAUAUGCAGGUUCCAGAAAGGAUCAAAUGUUGAGUUAUAUCCUCAAAUUAUAACUGAAAGGCAAAUUAUUUGGAUCAGGAUAGCUGUGAGCAAGAUUGCCCUUGCAGAUAGGAUGUGUUGUCAGGAGAAAGCAGGCCACAGUCGUAAUGGACUUAUAAACAAGCAGUCAGUGGCUCUCAAACUCUGGAAACAGGUAAGCUGUCUGUACAAGCACAUACUUGAAUUUAAGUUUAGAGCAGUAAAUUAACAACUAAAAUUUAGUCAAGCUAAUCUUUAAAAUUCACUUAGAACGACAUACAGUACAUUAAGCUGGAAGAAAUUGUAUGUAGUGAGACAGUGUUAAAGCUAAGCAGAAAGUCUAGACUUCUGAGAUCCCAUAAUGAGGCAUGAAUUCAGGCAUUCUAAGACGGAACAAAGACACAUGGAACCAGAAGUCCACAGCAGAGAUUAAAUAAAAACAGCCUCAGCAUUUGACACCUAAUAGUAAAAACUCGGAUAUUGCCCAUGGGCUUAAGUAAUAAGAAAGACCUCGCGUUUCCCCUCCUUUGUUUUACUACCAGAUCACCUUUCUCAAGUCCCCCUAAUUUCCCAACGUAGGGUUUUGUGGUCUCUGAAGAGAAGCAUAAGUACUAACAUUGGCCUAUUGGAGUAACAGAGGUAGAGAGAAGGGCUGAUUUCCACAAUCUCAUGAUUGGGAAGGAUGGUAACUACUAUAGAUGUUAGUAGGAAACAGAAACUACAUAAGGGUAACUUCUUACAAUGAUUACAUGAACUAAGAAAUUUUUAACACUCAUAAAAUGCAAAGCUUUUAAAGCAUUAGGGAGACAUUACAACGGUUAAGUUCAGAGGAUGUGCAGUCAGAACACCUGGAUUCAUGUCUCACUGUCUCAGCACUUAGACCUUGGCAAGGCCCUUCACUUCUUUGUGGCUCUGAACUUCAGUAAACUAGGAAUGGAAUACCUAUCUUCCAGAGUUGCCAUUUUCAGCUUAUUCUAGAUUCUAAUUAUUUCGGUGAUCUUCAAAAAGUAUUAAUACUUGUUUCCUACUUCUAGCCAUGGGGAAACUACAUGGUUAAUAUGUACUGAAGUGUUUAAAAUGGGCCUGGCAUAUAGCUAGCAAUUAAUAAUGUUUAUUAUGAUGACUGUUAUGGUCAUUAUACCAAUCACUCCCAUUUUUUAAAUUUUAUCCUAUUCCUAGUAUUACAUCUCUUUCAAAGCAACUGGGUAUACACUCUCCAUUUGGGCAAUCUGUACAUCUGUCUUUUCUGUUCAGUAGUACUGAAACUGUAACUUCCUAUAAUUUACCACAACAGGUCCUAAUCAUUGUUUCCCUUCUGGUGAGUAUUUUAAAAAUAGAUUUCAGUACUUUUUUAUUCACUCAGAAAAAUUUUACUUCUUUAUAUGCGUAGUUCUUAUUCCAGCUUGAUAUGGCCACAGACCAUCCCUUCUCAUGUCAAAUUGAAAUUAACCAUGUAGACAUAUCUGAAUUUAACUCUGAAUCACCUUUUAAUGUUCAUAUUGAACUUGAAAAAAUGAUAGAAAGGAUGUAUUAUCAUAAAAAUCCCGCCAUUAAAUAUGCAACUGUUAAAAAUUCUAGUAACAUCUGACGGUCACUAAUAUAUUUCCAUGACAUACUUUACCAUAGGCUUCUUUUAGAUGUUUAAAUUGACAUUGACUCUUCUCAGUAAAUAUACACUGAUAGGAUAAAUAAGAACCUUAAAAUGACUGAGGUAUAUAAAAUAAUUUCCUUUGAUUAUGCAGUGCCAUGUUUUUUCCAUCUCCCACAAUAAUCAGGCACUAUACUGAAAGAAACAGACUAAGGGAAUAUUAGUUUCUCUUUUUCAAUAAAAUGUUACAACCACGCUAAUCAGUGUUUGUUUUAUCUUUCUAACCUAAAUAUUGAAACAAUAUAUCAGAAUUGUGUAAUGUAAAUAAUUUCACUCAAGCAGCAUUUAAAAAUAUUUGUAACUGAUAGAUAAAAACUUUAAAAUACAUUUUGAUAGGGUUAUUAUAUUUUUAUGCAUGCAUUCGUUGUAUAUAUUUAAAUGAUAAUAAACAGCUACCUGUUCAGUUACUGUAUCAGGAUUUUCUAGUGAAACAGCUAUCACGCAACAUAUACAAAUGAAUAAGAAAUUACAAGAUUGGCUUACGAUGGUCAGCCUCAGAGUUGGAUGAGGAAGCAUGCAGUCUGCACACUGAAGGCUGAAAGGUCCAGUCCAAAGUCCAGAGCUUACUGCAGUGUUGUUUUGUGCAAGUUCAUGUAAGAAGGCCUGUAGAUCUGUGGUGAAUGCUGAAGAAUCUAUGCUGGAAGGCUGAAGAGUGCCAGGCGAAAGCCAAGCAGUUGUGCCAGAAGCCUGGAAAUGACAUCCAAGCUGAAUGGAGCUCCAGGGAAGAUUCAAAAGAACCAACAUUCUGUCCUUCCUCAUUUCCAUUUUAUUGUAUGUGGUCACUGUCCUGGCUGGGAGGUGUCCUUUCCAUCCACACCAUCUCAGUGUCCUCCUCUUGCACAGACUGAGAAUGUUUACAAAGUAAGGCCCCCCUGAACCCCUGCUGAGUCACUUAGUUAAAUUUCUAAACUCAGGUUGACACAAUGAACAACAUCCUAGAGGGGUAAGGGUAUGUCCUCUAACUCCCAGGGUUUAGAGCUGCUGAGUUACUUUGUUAAACUUAUGGGCUUCUCAAGUUGACACAAUGUAUCAACCAUUACAGUUACUCUAGGGAGACAUUCAAAAUCCUUCUAGCUUUUUGAAAUUUAUAGUACAUUAUUGUUCUCUACCUCACUAUGCAGCAACACACUGGAGCUUGCUCCUAACUGUGGCAUUUUUUAAAAUAGAAUAACUUAUUUUUCAAUAAGGAAAUGAAUAAAAGUAUUAUAUUCAGAGUGUUACAUAUUUUCAAAAGUGAUUUACACCAAAAUGAAUGAGAAAUGUCAAGAUUCCAGGAAGCUUUAAUUUUCUAGAUUUUCAAAAGACAUUUUAAUAAACAUCCAUUGCUUUUUGUUUAAAUUCCUUUAUAUUUUAUUCCUUUAUUUUUCAUUUUGAAUUCAUUUAUAUUCUGGUUCAUUUUUUCCACUUUGGUGAGUCAGUUUGUCAAGAUGAGACAAUUAAAUUAUAAUAUUUUACAAAAUAUGCUAUUCAUCUAUCAAUGUUGCUUGAAAAAUGACAUAAAAUAUCUUACUGAAUCAGUAAAACAAAUGUUUUAAGGAAGAAUAGCAAAAUGAUAUUAAUAUUAAAAUUUAAAAAUAUUAAUUGGUUUCCAUGUAAUUACGUCAUACUAUUUGCAUAUUCUUUGAAGCACAGAUUUCAGUAUUAAAAUUGACAAUCAAAUGUGUUUAUUUAGAUGGUUAUCCACACACACUCCCUCCCACCACUACAUACUGAAUAACCAGAGUUAAUUGAUAGCUAUAAUAAGACAAGCAUGUAUAAUACCUUAAGAAGAUUUGUUAGCAGACUAACUCUAUCAACUAUGUGAUAAGAACAAGCAGCAAUAUAGGAGGUAACAUUUGAACAGAGACCUGAAUGAACUAGAAGAGGCAUCACAUUAUUCUUAUGGCCAUACUUUCCUGCUACAUUUGUUGUAAAAUACUGAUUCAUUUUUCCUGCCAAAUUAAAUGCCAAUAGAUCCAGAAAUAUCCUUCCUUCAGAUGCCAUAGGGGUAACUAAUUGUUUCUCUAUUUUCUCACAAUGUAUUGCUUUUAUUUGUAUUUAUUUUGUUCUGUCAGUAUUACAGUGUAAUUAUUUACAAUUUGGAAUUUCUUCAAAGAUAGAUACUUGUUUGUUAGAUUUACUUAUCUGGUGGUAAGUAAAGGCCUAAGUCAUGCUUUAUACUUAAUAGGCCUCAGUGAAUUGUUUGUUUCCUUAAAUUUGUAAUUCAAUCUGCCUUUUUAACUUUCACUGAAAAUGCCUAUUAGGAACAUUGUAGGUACUAUUGCUUUUCAAGCAGUGGAAACAAUGCAGCCACAGAGUUACUAGAAAUGUUGCCAAAAUCACAAUGCCUUUCACUGUUUGAAAAAUCUGGAGAAAUAAACUGAUGUUUCCCAGCCCACACCCUACUCUGUAUCUCCUUGACUGUACCAUCAAAUAGAAUAAUUUAGAAUACAUUUAAUUAAAGCUACUCUCUUUUCUUCAGUAGAGAAAUUUGAUUAACUGGUUCAUUGUCCGUAGAGAAAAUAUAACAGUGAACAUUCCUUUAUGUGUUGGAAGCAUUUAUGAACUUUUUCUUAAAAGGGAUCUAGCAAAAGGGAGACCAUACCUUUAUAAUCUUUCUACAUUCUUUAAAAUAUGUCUGAGCCUGAGAGUCUGUUGUCUUGCAUGCAAAUGUUCUGUCUUCUCAUCUGCUAACCAGUUCUUAUUUAUGCAUAUGUUUCUUUUCUUAGACAAUUCAAGCCUGUGUUAAUUAGCAUUAAUAGCAGAGUACAUGAGAUAUAAACCAUUUACUUGGGAAUGGUAAUAAUUGUUACAGUGGACAUUGAUUUUUACAGAAAAUAGAGCUACACCCUUUGUACUUUUUAACAUAUUUAUCUUGUUUUAAUUGGUUUCUUUUCCUUUCUUCUUGCUGCCUUUAUAUUAUCUCACAAGGCUGUAAGCUUUCAUAGUUAUUUUAGGCUACUUGAGCUCCCAACAGAAUCCUUGCUAUGAAAAUGUGUAUUGAAAAAAAAAAAAGAAAGAAAGAAAAUGUGUAUUGAACAAUUGCUUUAUUUAUUUAUUUAUUUAUUUAUUUAUUUCAAAGAGAGUAAAACUAAAUGUAACAAAAUAGAGCAAAGUAGACCAGAAGAAAAAACUGUGACACAGAUUUCAAAGCAAGAUAAUAGGAUAUCUACUAUAGCUAUCAUAAUGUCUUUUGUUUUCUUCCAUAUAAUUGUCUAUAUCUUCACAUGCAAUGAAUUUAUACAAAACAAAAUAGCAUUAAACUGAUUAGAACAGAAUGAUGAAGGCAUUAUAGGCCUUCAAAACCAGACAAUAGGAAGAUCAACAAUGGCUGCCAUAAUGUCUCUUGUUCUCAUUCAAAUUAGCUGUCCAUACCUUCACGUAUGUUGAAAUUAAAUAAUUCAAAACAGCCUAAAACCACUCUGAACAAUAAAUAAUAGCAUUACUGGAUUUCACAGCAUGACGAUAAUGUAUCCGCAAUGGAUACCAUAAUGUCUCUUUUUCUUCAAAGUAGCUGUUCAUUUCAUCACACAUAAUAUAAUGGAUUCUAGUUCACUGUUUAGGGGAAGUUCUAUGCAUGUAUAAGACUGUUGGGAGCCGCAGCCCCGAGCCCGGUCGCCUCACUUGGCGGACGUGAGGCCUGUAGUAAAGAGUGAGGCCUGAGGUAGAUUACCCCUCCCAUCGAAUAUGCUAGUUUCCUGCUUACCGCGUAAACAACCCGCUCAACAAUAUAGUCUGCCUGGCAACUGAUGAUGUUAGCCAAUCAGCUUGCCUUGCUUACUUUAACAUGAUUGGACACUGUACCCGUAUAUAUAUACUGGUGCCACCCCUGGGAGGAAGUAGAAGCCAGGUAGAAGCCCGGAAGUAGAAGCCCAGAAGGAGCCGCAGAGAGCGGACCGAUAGAGGCUUCGGGGCAGACUGAAGCACAAGAGGAGCCGCGGAGAGCGGACCAAAGGAGGCUUCAGCUGGGAGAACCCAGGGCAGGCUGUACGGAGAAGAAGAAUAAAAAGAAAAGGUUGUCCACUA